AUGGGUCCUUCCAAGAAGAACCUCAAGGCCACCAAAAAGUUUGAGAAGACUCAUUUGCAGAGUGUUCUCGACAGAAGAAAGGUGACUGCCAAGAUCAAGCAGAAGCAGCAGAUCAAGGACAAGUUAAAACAGCGCAAGGCCACGGAUGCUGAAUUCUACGGCAAGGAUGGCAAGCCGCGGUCGCGAGGCCCCAGGGACAGACAGGUCAACGACAUGAGCGUCGACGACUUUUUCCAGGGUGGCUUCGAGGAUAUCAUCGACGAGACCGACAAAGCUAAGCCGGGCAAGAGAAAGCGCGACGAGCCCAAGGCGGACGACGAAGAGAAUGGAAGUGACUCGGACGCCGUGCAAGCGCAGCCCGUUGCCAGCGACAGCGAGGACGACAUUGAAGAAGGAGACGACGCUGGCAUGAAUCAGGAGACCAUGGAUGCGCUCGCCGAAAAGGACCCCGAAUUCUAUAAAUUCUUAAAGGAAAACGACCCCGAUGCACUCGACUUUGACGACAAUGCCGACCUGGCCGAGGUCGAUGAGCUGAGCGCUGGCGAGGAUUCUGAAGCCGAAGAGGAACAGCCGAAGAAGAAACAAAAAAAGGCCAAGCACGCCGAGGAAGAGCAGAACGAGGCCGAGGGCGACAGCAAGGAACUCACCGCAGCCAUCGUGGCGGGCUGGCGCAAGUCUAUGAAGGAGAGCCAGUCGUUGCGUGCGACGAGACAGGUCGUGCUCGCAUUCCGCUGCGCGGCCCACCUCAACGAAGACGACAUUGACGAGGACUCGCAGCAGAAAUGGACCAUCAACAGCCCCGAAGUGUUCAACGACAUUCUCGUCCUCGCGCUGAAGGAGAUCCCCGGCGUCAUCAACCACCACCUCCCCGUCAAGGAAUCAGCUUCGGGUCGCGUGUACGUGCAGACUGACAGCAAAAAGUUCAGCACGCUGUCGCUGCUGCUCAAGACGUACACGUCGGCCAUUAUGCACCUCCUCGGCACGCUGUCCGACGACCGCACGCUCAAGCUGACGCUGUCGGCUAUUACGCCCAUCCUGCCGUACCUGCUCUCGUUCAAGAAACUCGUCAAGGCGCUGGCCAAGGCCGUCGUCAACUUUUGGGCGCAGCCCGCGAGCUCCGAGUCGACGCGCAUCACGGCGUUUUUGGUGCUGCGGCGGCUCGUCGCCAUCGGCGACAAGGGCAUCCGCGAGACGGUGCUCAAGUCGGUGUACCAGGGCCUCGUGCAGGGCUGCCGCAUCACCAACCACAACACGAUCCAGGGCAUCAAUCUGAUGAAGAAUUCGGCGGCCGAGCUCUGGGGCAUCGACCCGUCCAUCGGCUAUACGACCGCGUUUGGCUUCAUCCGCCAACUCGCCAUCCACCUCCGCAACAGCAUCGUGCACAAUAAGAAUGACGCGUUCCGCAUGGUCUACAACUGGCAAUUUACGCACUCGCUUGACUUUUGGUCCUGCGUGCUCGCCUACCACUGCACGCCCGAGAAGGAGGCCGAGGCUGGCGGCAAGGAGAGCCAGCUCAAGCUGCUCGUCUACCCGCUCGUCCAGGUCACCCUCGGCGCCAUGCGUCUCAUCCCCACUGCGCUCUACUUUCCGCUGCGCUUCCACCUCGUGCGCUCGCUGCUGCGCACGUCGCGCGCCACCGAUACGUACAUUCCGCUCGCCUCGCCGCUGCUCGAGGUGCUCGCCUCGGCCGAGAUGAAGAAGCCGCCUCACAGCACGACCCUCAAGGCCUUUGACUUUGCCGUCUCCUACAAGGCCCCCAAGGCGUACCUGCGCACGCGCGUCUACCAGGACGGCGUCGGCGACCAGGUCGUCGAGCUCCUCGGCGAGUUCCUGUAUCUCUGGUCCAAAUCCAUUGCCUUUCCCGAGCUCUCCCUCCCCGUCGUCAUUCAGCUCAAGCGCUGGCUCAAGCAGUCGCGCUCCAAGUCGCAGGGCAACAAGAACGCCAAGCUCGCCGCGCAGCUCGUGCUGCUCGUGCAGAAAAUCGAGGCCAACGCCAAGUUUAUCGAGGAGAAGCGCGGCCGCGUCGACUUUGCGCCCAACAACCGCGCGCAGGUCGACGCCUUUUUGCGCGACUUUGACGCGGCCAAGACGCCGCUCGGCGCGUACGUCGUCGGCCAGCGCAAGGGCCGCGCGGAGCGGGCAAAGCUUCUGGAGGAGGCCCGCAAAGAGGACGACAAGCGGCGCAGAGAGGAUGAGAGGGCGGCGUUUGAGGACGACUACGGCGACGACGUGAUGGAUUCGGAUGAGGACAUGGACGUUGACGAGGACGAGGAGGAUGAGUUUGAUCUAGAAGAGGACGAGGAGGAAGAAGAAGAGGAAGGGGAUGAUGAGUAG